AUGCGCCGGCGCAGCCGCACGAGGAGCCCACUGAAGCUUCAGCCACGCCGACGGGACAGCCGACCUCCGUUGCGGAGCCGUGGUGGUCGUGCCGAGAACGACCGUGCUGAUCGGCGGCGAUCCAGAGAACGCCUUCAGCCUCACCGGUCGAGCUCUCGAUCCGUGGGCCGCAGGCAAACUGCUAUCAGGGAAGCGCUUCCUCGACGUCGGCGGAAUGAUGAGGAGCGAAUCCCGGAGCCAGCGCCGGAGAAGGAGGCCCGCCCUCGGCGGAGCAAAUGGGACGAUCGAGGAGACGGCAACUCCCCUUCAACCCAGACUCAGACGGGUUUACCGGACUGGCUGAAGGACUUGGAGGGCCCCCUGUCCGGGAAGCCAGUUCCGCAGAUUGUGGUUCCAGGCCCAACGACGAGCAGGGCACAGCUUCCAAACUUGCUUGGGCAGAGGCACAAAACAAUGAUGCUGAAGGCAGUGCAGAUCAGAGUCCUUCUUGGCAGAGGAGGUGAAACAAUCAAAAGCAUUUGCGAAAAGGCGAAUGCAGAGAUCAAAGUAGAUCACGACCGCAUUGCCGAUGAAGGCGAAGUCACCAUCGUCGGGGAGAUCGAAAAAGCCGAAGUCCUCAUCCGAGAAACUUUGGCGGCCAAAGGUUGCCCGCUCCCUGAAGAUGAGGCCAAUCAGCCCGACGAAACAGACCUCGUGGUCCCGCCAGAUGUGGUAGGGCUCUUCAUCGGGAAAGGUGGCGAGCAUGUCAAGGCCAUCCGAGAAGCUUGUGGAGGAAACCUCUUCAUCGGAGUCAUUCCUCCUGCUCAAGGGAAUGGACCUCACAAGAUUCAGAUCAUUGGGGAUCAGAGAGAAAAGGCUAAAGCCAUGGUGCGCCAGCGGCUGAAGGAGCUGGUGGACACAGAGGACAAGAAGAUCCGGCCGGCAGAAAUUCCGGUUGCAAGCGCAAGCAGGCAAAGCUUUGGUCUAGGCCCAGGCCUUGGGCCUCCGCUUCGGCCUGGCGUAUCGGCACCGGGUGUUCCCAUGCCUCUCCCCCGUACGGUGCCGAUGCGGCCCAUCACGCCAAUGGUGCCCCUGAAUCCGGUGAGCCAUGUGAGCGCCAGUCCCAUGGUGAGCCCUGUCCUGGCAAGCUUCGGUGCACCCAGGGGCCCCGUGGUCCGCCCCAGAGCGCAGACACCCCCGAGCGCCCCGAGCCCUUGCCUCGACAACAUCCCUCCGGCGCAGCGCCUCUUGGCCCACGUGCAGAGACCGGCAUCGGAGAAUCUGAUGCCUGAUGUUGCGAGCUGGGGCACCUUCGGUGCUGGCCCGGAACCGUUCCAGGGUGUUACAGAACCGGAGGCAGAGGAAGCUGAGGAGGAGAAUCCCUGGCUCGGAAUCGUCCCAGAGUGCGAGCUUCCAACCUGA